AUGGACGGUGACAAGGAGCAGAGGAACAAGAGCCACAAGAGCCGGCAGGCUGGUAGCAAGGCUGCCAAAAAGGAGGAAUUUCGCAAGAAGAAGGCAGGCAUCGAGCUUGAGCCCAACCGUGGCAAAAACAGGAAGGCAUUUCAGGGUCCAACAGCAGAAAGUCGCAAGGGACAAAAAAUUCUUCGAAGCCUUGAAAAACGCGAGACGGCACUGCAUGUACCCACAGUGGAUAAGACCCUCCGACACAUUGUGGCGGAACCCCCGCUGCUCGUUGCUGUGGUGGGACCACCAGGUGUUGGCAAGUCAACAUUGAUCCGCUCCAUGGUGAAGUUCUACAGCAACCGCAAUGUGCAGACAGUGCGGGGGCCCAUCACGGUGGUGGCGGGUCGUAGUCGUCGUGUGACAUUCAUCGAGUGUCCGAACACACUGACGGCGAUGUGCGAUAUCGCCAAAGUGGCGGAUCUCAUUUUGCUUAUGGUUGACGGCAGUUUUGGCUUUGAGAUGGAAACGUUUGAGUUUCUCAAUAUUUCUCAGGUUCACGGGUUUCCCCGCAUGUUUGGUGUUGUUUCUCAUCUUGAUCAGCUUAAGACUGGCAAGGCACUGAAGAAGCGAAAGAAGUUUCUUCGACAUCGUUUUUGGCAUGAAGUGGCAGCUGGGGCAAAGCUGAUGUGUUUAGCACCCAUGGUACGUGGCAUGUAUCGUUCCACUGACGUUCUCAAGCUGCAUCGACUCCUCAUUUGCGUGGAGCCUAAGUUACAGAACUGGCGGAACACCCACAGCUGUGUACUGAUUGAUCGCUAUGAGGACAUUACGGCCCCACAGAACAUUGUGGAGGAUGAGAACUGCAACCGCACGAUUGCCUUCUACGGGUACACACGUGGAAAGCCGUUGAAACCGCAACAAGUUGUACACAUUCCUGGAUUGGCAGAUUUUCCUAUUGCUCACAUCUCUCAACAAGAGGACCCCUGUGCCAUCGAUGAUCACCAAGGCAGUGGCAAUUCACAGGGGCACAAGAUGCGGCAUCUUAGCAUGAAACAAAAACGUAUUUAUGCCCCUCACUGCAAUGUGAGCGGUGUGAUGUACGACGACGACGCUAUAUACAUCCAGGAGGACGCAGAGAAGGGGAUGAUUGAGCGCUCCGGUGAGGGACUGCAGUAUAUAAGAGAACUGCAGCGUGCGAAGCCUAUGGACGCCGCCGCCACGGAUUUGGACGUCGUCCGUCGUCCUGUAGUAUUUCGCGACGAGGAUGCGAUGGAGCUUGAUAUGGAUGAGGUGGAGGCGCCUUCAGAUGAGGAAGAUGAAGGCAGCAGCAGCAGUAGCAGCAGCAGAAACGAUGACUUGGAGGAUCGUAUGC